AUGAAGAGUUACUUGGUUGUAGGUGGAGGUGGAUUCUUGGGAAGAUACAUCGUCGAGGCCUUGUUGGCCCGUGGCGAAACAAAGGUCCAUGUGUUUGACAUUAGAAAGUCGUAUGAGGACACUAGGGUCACAUUUCAUGUUGGAGACAUCAGAGUGUUGGACGACCUCUUGGCUGCUUGCCAGGGCAUCGACUGUGUCUUUCACACUGCUUCGCCCACUCACGGCAUGGGCUACGACCUAUACUACAGCGUCAACGUGACGGGCACUGAGACAUUGGUCGAGGCAUGUCGUCGUGCCAACGUGCGUCAACUGGUCUACACGAGCAGCUCAUCAGUCGUGUUCAACGGCAGCGACAUUGUCAAUGGCGACGAGACCAUGCCCUACGUCAAGACUCAUCUCGACCCAUACAACAAGACCAAGGAGCUCGGCGAGCGUGCCGUGCUGGCUGCCAACUCGGCCCAGCUACUCACGUGCGCCCUGCGUCCCGCUGGUAUCUUUGGUCCACGCGACGUUCAAGGCUGGCCCCAGUACCUCAAGGCCGCCAAGGAGGGCAAGAACAAGUUCAUGUUUGGCAGCGGCAACAACCUUUGCGAUUGGACCUACAUCGACAACGUGGUCCACGCGCAUCUUCUCGCCGCUGACAAGAUGACCGAACAGUCCAAGAUCCCGGGUCAGGCCUACUUCAUCACCAACGACGAGCCCAUCCCCUUCUGGGACAUGCCCAUCUUUGCCUACGAGGCGUUUGGCUACGAGCGGCCCAAGAUCAAGGUGCCGUUUCUUGUGAUCUAUGCCAUCGCCUGGUUGAUCGACCUCAUCGUGCUGAUACUGUCGCCCGUCGUCAAGAUACACCCAACCAUCACAGUGUUCCGCAUGGUCUACUCCAACUCGACACGUUACUUCAACAUUGCCAAGGCCAAGCGUGAUCUGCAGUACAAGCCCAUCGUCUCAGUCGAAGAGGGCAUGGAGAGAACCAAAGUAUGGUUCAAACAGAACUACUCUCAGUUUAUCAAAAGGAAGUAA